UUUUUUAGAAUUGCUUAUAAAUUUGUCCUGGAGAAGCACUCCAAAGUCCUCGUUUUAAAAGUCAAAAUCCAUAGGCAUAAAGCUUGUGUUCUCAUUCCUCUUUCCUUUUUAGCUGAUACUUGUGUUCCCAAAAUCCAAAGCCUUAAUGUACUUGAGUAGUUGCAUACCUGUAGAGUUUCCUCCUCGUAGCUGAUUACCUUUCCAAGUAACAUAAACAUCUUACUUCUGGAAUUGAGCUUUUCUGGGGGGGGGGGCAAAGUUCAAGGGUUCAUCUUUCUUCUGGAAUUGAGCUUUUCUGGGGGUGGCAAAGUUCAAGGUUUCCCAGGCAGGCCAAAGACAUGAAGUUAACUUCCUGUUUCUCAAAUUGUUUUUCUUCUGCAUCAGAAACCGCCAUCGAUAGAGGAGGACCGGAAGCCGAAGAAGAAAAUGAUCAGAAUUUUACUGUCUUCUCUUAUAGUGAGCUGAAAGCUGCCACUCAUGGAUUCUCUGCUUCAAACAAGAUCGGAGAAGGUGCCUUUGGCUCUGUCUACAAGGGCUUGCUUAGAAAUGGUAUUGUCGUGGCUGUAAAAAUGCUUUCAGUUGAACUUGAAUCGAUGCGUGGGGAAAGAGAGUUUGUAUCUGAAAUAAUUACACUUUCCAAUCUUAAACAUGAAAACCUUGUUACACUUAAGGGGUGCUGCGUGGAUGGAGCUAACAGAUUCUUGGUUUACAAUUACAUGGAAAAUAAUAGCCUGGCGCAGAUCUUACUAGGUGGAGAGCAAAACAGAAUCAAACUUGGUUGGGAACCAAGGCGAGCUAUAUCAUUAGGAGUUGCUCGAGGGCUUGCCUAUCUUCACGAGGAAGCUAAGCCACACAUCGUGCACAGAGAUAUUAAGGCUAGCAACAUACUUCUGGAUCAGAAUUUGAUACCAAAAGUUUCAGAUUUCGGACUUUCAAGAAUUCUAAGAGAUAAUGUUACUCACAUUAGUACUCAUGUCGCGGGCACAUUAGGCUAUCUUGCUCCAGAGUAUGCCAUCAGCGGACGUUUGACACGAAAAACAGAUGUUUAUAGUUUUGGGGUACUACUUUUGGAAAUUAUCAGCGGGCAGACUGUUGUCAAUUAUGAUUUAGAGCAUGGUGAACGUUACUUGGUUCAGAAGGCAUGGGAACUCUACAGGGCUAACAGCAUUCUGCAAUUGGUAGAUCCUAUAGUAGGUAUGAACUACCCUGAAGAAGAAGCGGUUCGAUUCAUCAAGGUGGGCCUCCUUUGCGUUCAAGAAACAGCCAAGCUCCGACCAGAAAUGUCAAGAGCCGUGAGAAUGUUGACUAAUGACAUCGACAUCGAAGGAGUUCAAAUUUCACAGCCUGGUCUUGUUUCUGAUCUGAUGAAUAUCAAGUUAGGACAGAAGACCACCUUUCCGAGCAUUUCCUCUAAAGCCUCAAGCAUGGAAAGCUCGCGCAGCCCCCCUAGUUCAUAUUCUUGACUUGCUGGCUCUUGUUCGUUUGGGGUUGUGGAGAACCGUCGUUUUUUCUUUGUUCCUGUAGGGAAACUACUGAUUGUUUGGUAUACUAUUUAAACAGUUCCAAUACAGUUCUGACGAUAUUGUACAAAGAAAAGAAAUAGAAAUAUACCCGUUUCCACACCAUAUACAAAGAAGGCGUAUUGUAGUUUCUUA